UCGUAAUUAUUAAACAUGUCCUGGUGACGUUGCUUGGUAGCUCUCCAAUGGCGAACGACUGAAUAUUACACGUAUAAUGAUGAAGUUGCUUUCAUAAGCCUACCUUUAGCUCAUGAAUAUUAAUAACCCUGCCUUCACCGUGGUAAGAUUCGUAAAUGAGUUGACCGGACUGCUGAAUCUUCUGCACCAGAUCCAUCCGAUCUCACCCACAGCCAAGUUUGCCGACUCCGCAUACAGCAUCGGAAUUACUGACUGCAAGCUUGUUUUCUCUUUUCCGUGGAUCUGAUGCAAUGAGUGCUUUCACUCAUGUCUUGAAUCCUUCGAAAAUGGCUUGGAAGAAUUAUUAUUUUGCCGUCUAAUUACAAAACGCAUAUUUUAAUAUUCGGUAGGGUUUUUAUUAAUUUGUUUUUUCACUGGUCACUGAAACUGCACAGGACCAUGGAUCCUCCACCGUCUUCAGAGAAAUCGCAUCUCAUCAACGAAAGAAAUGCCAAAAUAUACUCCUUAAAACUUAACAGUGAAUUAUCAGGUUCCAAAGAAAGUUGUCCAAACUUGCCUUUGGGAAAUGGCGAUAUGGCUGGUGCUAUCGAGCUGAAGAGGCCUGUCGGAACUCAUUGCCAUGCAAAAAAAGCAGCAUUCGUUGAGAGCCAUGAUAAACUCAUUGCAAAGAAAAAGCUGUACAUCGCCUCCAUAGUCUGUCUGGUUUUCAUGAUUGGAGAAGUUAUAGGUGGUUAUCUAGCACACAGCUUGGCCAUUAUGACCGAUGCAGCUCACCUUCUGACAGAUUUUGGCAGUAUGAUGGUCAGUCUUUUCUCCUUGUGGAUCUCCUCAAGGCCACCAACCAAGAUAAUGAACUUUGGCUGGCACAGAUCAGAGAUUCUGGGAGCCCUGAUAUCUGUGGUGUCCAUCUGGAUUGUGACUGGGGUGCUGGUGUAUCUUGCCAUUGAGAGGGUAGUAAAAAAUGAUUACGAAAUCGAAGGCCAUGUGAUGCUCAUCACCUCAGGUUGUGCAGUCGUGGUCAACAUCAUAAUGGCCUAUAUUCUACACCAUUCCACGACCUUCCACAGUCACGGUUCAGGCUACCACAAGAUUGAUGAGAAUGGGAUGAGCCCUGUCGGCCAUGGUCACUCCCACAGCCUCCUGGGUAAUCAUGGGAACACCAGUGUCAGAGCAGCAUUUAUUCACGUUUUGGGGGAUCUCUUACAGAGCUUUGGAGUGAUGGUGGCCGCCAUUAUUAUCUUCUUCAGGCCAGAAUACAAAGUAGCCGAUCCCAUUUGCACUUUCCUCUUCUCCGUGUUCGUCCUGGGCACCACAAUUACCAUCCUGAGAGAUGUCUUCCGCAUUAUCAUGGAGGGGGCACCCAAAGGCAUAGAGUUUAAUUCAGUGAAGGAGGUUCUGCUGUCUCUGAAAGCAGUGAAGGCCAUGCAUAGCCUACAUCUGUGGGCUCUCACCCUUGGCCAGAGUCUGCUGUCUGUUCACAUAGCUAUUGAGGAGAAUGCUGACCCUCAUAGUGUCUUAAAGGAAGCCACUGAACUCCUUCAGACCAAAUUUGGCUUUUACAGCACAACCAUUCAAGUGGAGCCUUAUUGCGAGGACAUGAUCCACUGCGCCCAGUGCCAGGACCCUAUGGACUAAGUUCUCCAAGUGCAUCGGUGAGAGGAGGCUGCCUGUAUAAAAUGUAUGCACACAUAUUAAGCUUCAUUAAGGGUCCAAGCCAGAAAUGGAAACACUGUGCAAAUGUCUCAUCUACAUAUCAUUACGAAUAUGUACAUGCCAAAUGCAUUUUUAUCGAUUAACAAGACAAAAAAAAAAAAAAGAGAUUUCACACUGUGCCAUCUUAAAAGUGCAUCUUCAGUAUCAAAAAUGCAUUGGUUUAUGGGAAGAAUAGCUUUAAAAUGAAGUGUUGGUUUAGUUUUACAUACUGUAUGCAAAGAUAAACUGAAUUGAGUGGCAGCACAUAAAUAUGAGACCUGGAGGCAUCACUGUGAGCCUUUUAUUGUGACUUUGCAAGGUUUUGCUUGGCUGGCUGGCAUCGUACAUUACAGCAGAAGUGUACUGUAAUAGCCUGUCUGCGGUCUUGGGAAGGUAAAAGAUGGGUAUUGACAUGACUUCCUUAAAAACAAUUAAAAUAGGGUUUAUUAUGCCCCAGCCAGCCUUGUGUCCGUUGUCAGCUUGGUUCUCUAAUCAAUGUGAAUGUCCGCCAAACUGCGGCAUGAUGUUGUAGGGCUUAAAAAGAAAUUGUGCUCAAGUGUAAUUAUGGAUUUUGUUGGUGAUCUCUCACUAAUGUCUUGUCUCAUGGUACGAUACUAUUUGCAAAAGCAACCGGGUGAUUAACUCUGUUCUUCCUCAUUGGCUGUGAUAGUGAAAGUGCUUUGAAAAAAGUGGCUUUGAAAAAACAAUGGAGACAAAAUGGCUGAUGAAUGAAACAACUAAGAGUGAUAUUAAAGGUGAAGUGUGUAACUAUCCUGGUUUCAGAAAUUAGUGCAGAAAUUAGUAGUAGAAGUAAAACAUUUGUAGGAUAUCCCAACAAAUUCAUUGGUGUUGAAGCUGAAUUUUCAGCAGCCAUAAAUCCAGUCUUCAAAGAAUAAAUUGCAUAUUAAAAUAUGAAUAAAUUGCAUAGUUAAAAUAGAAAACCUUUUUUUACUGUAUUCAUUUUCACUGUAUCAACAUUUCUCUGAAUCAUUAUUUGAUCAGACUGUCAAAAGUGAUAUAAAAUGCAAUUUUAUACCAUAUUUAGAUGAUAAGUGGACACUGCUUGCUGAUCUAUACAUGCAGUGUAGUAUAACAUCCUAACUAAUAAAUUUCUGGAUGUAUAGAAUAUUUUGAUGUACUACAUUUGCAAAGUGUGCAGUAUACAACAGAGCACUGCUUUCCAGCAUUAAUGCAAUUAAAUUGAGGUUCCAUCAAAUGUGACGAACGACAUGGUAGCAAUAACAACUAUCAUUUUUAUAAUUUUUGCCGCAUUUGAACAAACUGAUGAAAAUAAAGAUAUUUUUAAACACCAAUUGAUUAAAACUGUAGAAUAUACAGUGCAUACAUAGUAAUAUUAAAUAGUCCAUUCUAAGCAUAGCCAAGUUUAAACAACAGAAAAAGAGUGGAAGAAUCAAUCAAUAAUUUUGCAGUCAUCGAUGGCGCUAGUAGUGGCACAGAAAUUACACACUUCACCUUGCUAUGAUGCUGUUGUGGAUCACUCUGGUUUCUAGCAUGCUUCACACCCUCCACACACUCAUGUCUUCAGGCUCUGUCCAGCUGUGGUCUGCGAUGACACACACACGCACACACACACGUUUUGCACAGGAUUUCCAUCUCUGAUCUCGAGGCCGCCACACUGCCGCAAUGACUCUAUGACAUUCCAGCAAGUGGUGCAACACAUUUCUCAUGUCUCUGUAGUUCAACACCGAGGUCAUGGCAGUUACAUACAAUAAUGAAGCACAUGAUUUUUGAAUGUCUUUUAAAAAACAUUUUCCAUUAAAACCACGGUCUUCUUUUAAUUCUUAUUUUGUUAGCAACUUUCAGAGCCCCUAAAUGAGCAUUAAUGCUCAUUUACAUUAUAUAUGAAGAUUUUGUAUAAAUAGAACACUGAAUAUGAUUUUAGACUAAUAAAAGACACACUUGACAGAUGAUUAUUGUGUUUUAAAGCUUGCGUGUACUGAUAAAAUGUAGCCAUUGUGAUCUGUUGUGACGUUGUGAAAGAGUUUUAAGAGUUUGCUUUGCAUGGUUGCUUUUUUUUUUUUUGGCUGCGAUUUAAAUGACCAGUAAACAUAAAUUAUCAACCUAAGGACCUCGCAAUCUCACUGAAAUUCAUUAAAUUCUAUAUUUUGUCUAUUUGUUUUGAUAAAAUGAAUAUAUAUUUUAAAUGUGAAUAUCACAGUCAUUUAUAAAACAAGAAAGAGUGAACAAAAUGAUAAUAUGAAAGGACCAAUGCAUAAGCAGUAUAGGCUAUUUUUGAUAAUGUUGGGGUUGAUGUGCCAAAGCUCUGCAUUAACAUUUUUACUUUUAGCGGGACCACAGUGACAAUUUACUGUGAUUAGGGGAGUCAUUCCUGUUAUGCUGGACAUUUAACUAUUUCUAUUAAAGGGAUUAGAAUAUAUAUAUAAAUGUCCUAUUAGCCAUUGCUAUGGAUUAAGAGUUAUCUUACAUUAGUUAGCGAAAUUUCAUCAAUUGUCAAUAGAGAUGAAGCACCACUCAGACAAAAAUGUCUUUUAAAUGGAGUAGUUUUCUGUUGAUCAACAAGUGAAUUUGCGUGAAUUGGAAAAACUUGAAAAUGAGCAAAAUUUGUGUUUGCACGAAAUUUCAUUAAUAGUGACUGCGCCUUUAGAAGUAUUUUUUUUAACCAUCUUCUCAAGUGUCUUAUAUCAUGAGAUCUAUCUGGUCAUUUUAUCAAACAGCACAUAAUAAUUUAGAGAGACAACCAAAAAAACAUCACAGAAUUCAUAAAAUCUAUUGCAAAUAGUCUAGUUACCGCUUUCGCAGUUUUUCACUUCCUGCAUGAUGUCAUAAGGGAUUGGCUUUUGUGAAAGG